GUUUUUUUCCCGUUUUAUAUAAAUAUGAAAUAUCUCCACUCGCAAAAACAAAAUUUAUAUAGAAAAAAUCAAUUGGCCGCCACACCGAUCAAUCCCUCGCUUUCUCUCUCCUCCUUCCCCAAAUCAAUUGGAACCCCCUUACAAUUCGUCCCUCCUUCCGAUUUUCCUAGGGUUCCGAUUCUUUCUUAGGGUUCCAAUUUCAAAUUUCAAAUUUCCCAAUUCUCUAUUUUUGUUCUCUGUUUUUCUUUUGUUUCCUGAUUUGGUCGAUCGCGAUUUCCUUCCUGAAUUUUGAUCAUUGCGGUUGUUAGGGUUUCAAUUUCGGGAAUUUAGGUGUUUUUCUUGUUUCUCAAGACAGAUCAUUGUGUUUUAGGGUUUCAAUUUAGCGGAAUUAGGCGGUUUUCUUUAUUUCGAAGAUAGAUCAUUGCGUUGUUGGGGUCUCUUUUGGGAAUUUGGAUAUAAGGUUGACGGAAUUUUUAUUGAGUGAACAAGGAUGGGAAGUGCAGAGGGAUUGGUGAAUCAGAUUGGAGUAACGAAGCCGAUUUCUAUGGCUGGACCUUCCGCCGCUGAUUUGCAGAGGACUCGUGAAUUGGAGAAGUUUUUGGUUGAUUCUGGUUUGUAUGAAAGCAAUGACGAGGCUGCAAAGAGGGAAGCUGUUUUGGCUCGCCUUAGAGAGCUUGUCAAAGAUUGGGUGAAACAACUUACUCGAUUGAGAGGGUAUACAGACCAGAUGGUCGAGGAUGCUAAUGCAUUGAUACUCACUUUUGGUUCUUGUCGUCUAGGGGUAAAUGGUCCUGGAGCUGAUAUAGAUGCUUUAUGUGUGGGGCCAUCAUAUAUUAGUCGAGAUGAGGAUUUCUUUUACAUAUUCCAUGAUAUCCUGGCACAGUUGGAGGAAGUUACAGAGCUUCAACCUAUUCCUGAUGCUCAUGUACCAGUGAUGAAAUUUAAAUUUGAUGGGAUCUCUAUUGAUCUUCUGUACGCAAGUGUCUCCUUCUUAGUUGUUCCUGAAGACUUGGAUAUCUCCCAUGUUUCGGUGCUGUACAAUGUUGACGAAGCUACUGUUCGAAGUCUAAAUGGUUGCAGGGUGGCAGAUCAAAUUCUUAAGCUAGUUCCUGACGCUGAGCAUUUCCGCACUGCACUUAGGUGUCUCAGGUUUUGGGCUAAAAAACGAGGUGUUUACUCAAAUGUGACUGGAUUUCUCGGUGGUGUAAAUUGGGCUAUUCUUGUGGCUCGAGUAUGCCAGCUGUAUCCAAAUGCAAUACCAAGUAUGCUGGUUUCUCGAUUUUUUAGAGUCUAUACUCAGUGGCGUUGGCCCAACCCUGUGAUGCUUUGUGGGAUUGAAGAAGAUGAGCUUGGAUUUCCUGUUUGGGAUCCUCGUAGGAAUCAUCGGGAUCGUACUCAUCGCAUGCCUAUCAUUACGCCUGCAUACCCUUGCAUGAAUUCUAGCUACAAUGUUUCGCCAAGUACUCUACGGGUGAUGAUGGAACAAUUGGAGUUUGGUAACAAGAUUUGUCAGGAUAUUGAGCUCAACAAGGCACGCUGGAGUACUCUAUUUGAACCGUACAUGUUCUUUGAGAGUUAUAAAAACUAUCUACAGGUUGACAUAAUUGCAGCUGAUGCUGAUGAUUUGCGUGCUUGGAGAGGGUGGGUAGAAUCCCGGUUUAGACAGCUGACUCUGAUGAUAGAACGUGAUACUGUUGGGAAACUUCAAUGUCAUCCCUGUCCUCAUGACUUGUUUGAUCCAUCAAGGCAAAGGGCUCACUGUGCAUUUUUUAUGGGUUUGCAAAGGAAGCAAGGCGAGGUUUCCCAGGAGGGACAGCAGUUUGAUAUACGUGCAACAGUUGAUGAGUUUAGGAAUUCAAUAAAUAUGUACUCAUACUGGAAGCCAGGGAUGGAUAUAUGUGUUUCCCAUGUUCGUAGAAAGCUGCUUCCAGCUUUUGUUUUGCCAGAAGGUUAUAAGCGAUCUCGGCUAUCAAGGUCCGUAGGUGAUCAACGAGCACAAAGUUCAAGUAGUCCAAAAGAUGAAGUUAUUGGUGGAAGCUCUCUUAAAAGAAAGCGUUCUAGUGAAGAUGUAGAUGGGCAGUUGGGGAAACGACGGUCUCAUAGCCCGUGCGGGCCGGUUUCAGUGUCUCCUGAUUCAGUGCUUCAUAAUUUUGGGUCUCCAUUGCCAGAGAGAUUGGGAUCUGUUGAGUGUGACGUGACACCUGUGUCCGACAGUGGUUCACCACCAGAACAUGGAUUGUCAGAUAAGAAAAAGGCGUUGGACUGUGAUUCAAAAGAGUCAGGCCUGGCUAUUCCUGCCAGUAAUGUAUCAGUUGUAGAAAAUUUAGAAAUUCCGUCAACCUGCAAUGCGGUCUCCAUUCUUACAAGCAACGGAUUGUACAGGGAUCUUGACUCCGUAUUCAAAGCAAAUGAAGAGGGUGGAAACUGUAGCAGUUCAGAAGAAAGUGUAAACCAGAGUUCAAUUCAGAAUAAUUCGUUCGAGGCAGUUUCUGGCUUGCUCACCAAGAUAAGGGGUGGUUGUGUGAAGGGCAUUGUUGCAUUGCAAGAUGGAUCCGAGACAAAUGGAAUAAAUGGUGUAACGCUGAAGGCAAACAUUGCAGCGGACUCUAGAACAAUACAAGAUCCGGUUUUAAGGCUUAGUCUUGCUACAACAGCUUGAAGUGGGGCAGAAGAGUAAUCUGAAAUAGCAAAUGAAGAAGCCUGAAAUCACCACGACUGCGCUGGCGCCAGUGCUGGGGGGUGGGAGAGAGAGCCAGUUUCUCGGGUAAGUGCAAUAUUAGGUUGCUGGCUUGACUGUUUCAGGUUUGCUUGUGCAAUAUUGGUUUUUCGAGACAAGACAACAGAGGCUAGUUUGAAAGACAGUUCCAACUUUUAGCUAGCCUGCAGUUAUUUGUACAGUUAGUUUUAGGUUAUUAACUGAGCAGAAGUUGGAAUUUAAAAAAACCAUAAAAAAAGAAAAAACUAUGAACGGAAAAAAAAAUUAGCGACAGAAUGACAAAAAAAGAACUUCAUGCGGGAACUGUGGAAGCAUUGCCAUAUCUGGUUUGGUGACGCCGGCCUUUAUAACUGAUGGAAGAAUUGUGCUGCUCUGCCUCUCGGAAUAUUUUGAGGGUGUGCUCGGACUUCCGUGUCACUUGCAGUUUGGCUCCUUGCAUGGAUCCUGUGAUCUUUCAGCUCAGGCCUGCCCUUAGAAUUGCAAGAUUUGUGUUGUACAUUUUGGUUGGAAGAUCAAUUUUUAGGGCUUCGUAACCUUUGUAGGGGUGGGCGGGGGAUCGGUUGGGAAUGUUUUGUGAUGUGGUUAGUGUUUAUUAAGCAGUAAGACCAUUCUCCUUGUUUCAAAUCACUUUGUUAAUGAAAAUAUGUCUUGUGUAAUCUUUCUCUA